CAGUAGAGCUGGAAGCGCUGCAAGGUCGCAGAAUGAAGCGUGCCUCUGACUCUGGGCAAGAGACAAAUGGCUCGAGAACCCGCCCUUGCCCCGCCUGUAACAAGACUUUCUCAAAGGCCGAGCAUCUCACUCGGCAUCUCCGCAGCCACACCCAGGAGAGACCGUAUGCCUGUACUAUCUGUGAGAAGGUGUACUCACGAAGUGAUGUGCUGCGGCGACACGAGAAGAGCCACGACAAAAAUCACCAGAAUACUUUGUCACAGGCCCGAUCGAUGUCCAGAACGCCUGUUCGAGUGUCAGAAGACCCAGCGACACAUACAACUUCGUCCCAAAAGGCACCAGUGACACAGGAAGCACUGAAUGAUGCCUCGCUGUUAAUUCCGACCGUACCAAACCCGAUAUCUAGCGCUAGCGAACCAUGCGACUCCCAACCCACGGCGGGGAUGAGCCUGCACGACUCCAUGCUGGAGGUAGAUCCCAACACAUGGUUCUUGGGGGCAGACUUCGAUGUGAACGUCUUGGACUUUUCAAUUUCAUCUGCGAUAUCAGAAUGGGCGCAAAUACCUCCCACACCAAGUAUGUUGGGCCCUGUUGCCCUGGAAGAGCCACGGCGUUCUGUACUGGAUCAAGAGGAAUCGCACCCAGCAGACAUCGUGAGGAAAAGGUGGUUUACAUGUCUGUCUCCGCCAGAAUCAAAUCGGACUGUCUAUCGCAGCAAUGGUAGUGCUGGUGACUUGCCUCACCAGGGAAGGAUCGAUGCCGAUGAUAGCUAUAGGGCUGGUCUUUCCCAGAGGUUGAAACCUCGCAUACACGAUGAAGCACUUCCGUCUGUCGAACAAUUGAACCUUUUCGCGAAGCUCUUCUUUAGUCGGUUUCACUCCCUAUUUCCUGUCAUACAUGCUCCGACCUUUCGUCCGACCGCAGAAAAUUCCUUGUUAUUCUUGUCUAUUUGUUCGAUCGGCAGCCUUUUCGUUGGAUCGUCCCAUGCCGUGGCACAAGGGCUCCGAAUCUUUGAGAGGCUGAAUAAAGCAAUCUUAGCUUCGUGGGAGUCUAUUCUGGCGCAUAGUCGACCGGAUGCCUUGUCGAUGGUCCAAGCGGCCAUUUUGGGUCAGACGUAUGGAAUACUAUCGGGAAGACCCAAAGAUCUGGUUUUGGCCGAUGUCCUUCACGGAACCGUUAUGGGAUGGACGCGGGAAUCUAAUAAAUAUAGCGCCCCUGAACAUCCUAUCGAUAUACGGAUCGACGAUCACGAAGCAAAUGAACAGUGGCACCGAUGGGCAGAAGUGGAACAACGAAGACGGGUGGAAAUUGCGUUGAACAUCCAUGACGCAGAGCUCGCCAGCUUGAUGCACCAUGAGCCGAUUCGCAAACAUAGGUUCGCCCAAUAUCCAAUACUCGCCUCUGAAGCUAUGUUCAUGGCUCCAACAGCAGCCAAAUGGGCCGAUAUAUACAAACAAUCAUAUACCGCACCUAGAAUCGGUUCCGACCUCCACUUCUACAACGCUGGGUAUGAUUCAAAAUUUGCCGUGUAUAGUGUCCUGGAGAGUAUCAAUGCAUACGUUAUCGAAGCUCGCAUAUCGAAUAGCUUGACUGCAUUCAGGUCGGAGGAGCUCUCUCGGUUGUUGGUGCAUUGGUGGCGCAAGUAUAGCCUGCACUUUCAGUACGAGGAAGAGGACCCCUUCAGCCUUCCAGUCUUGUGGCAUUCUAUUUAUAUGUCUUUAUACACUGAUAUGGACUUGCUGGAGCGAGCAGUUGGCCGUAAUGGCUAUUCAGCAGCCAUCAAGUCUCACGAUACUGUCUACGCGUGGGCAUGCUCCCUCAAUGCUAGCAAAUGCUUGGUUCAUGCGCUAUUGAUCCAACGUUACCUUGAGAGGAUGCGAAUAUCCUCCGAGCCUGCAAUACACGUUCCUGGGGCUCUCUUCUCUGCCGCUCUUGCAUGGCUCUGCUUUACGAGAAUCGGGCUACGGCAGUCGAUCGAUCUCAAAGCUUUCGACGCCCCGGAGAUUCAGCUUUUGGGUAGCGAGACCGCUCUGCAGGAAGCACAGGGACAAGCAUUUGGGGACUCUGCCUUUGCAGAUGUGAAUCAUCUACACCGACUGAUUGAUCUGCUUCACCGGUUUGGACGCUGGACAAUCUCGAAAACCUUUGCAACUGUUCUAUGCACCGCCCUGGAAGAAGUUCGGGAAGAAUUACAAUCUUGACCACGGAAAUAAGCCCGGAUAAAUGCAUGAUACUGCGAAGAAGUAACCCCAGGAAAGAAAGCGUGGCGACCGAGGAAAUUCUUUUCCGUCCGUU